AUGUACUUGGCCGUUGGUCGGAACACGUCGCGGGAAGUAUGGCAAUCCAUCACCGCCGCCCUCGGAUCGUCGACGCGUGCCCGUUGCCUGAAUUUACUCGGGCAGUUCCAGUCGUUGCGUCAAGGCAACAGUUCGCCGGCAGAGUUUCUGGGACGUGCGCAGCUUCUGGUCGAAGACCUGGCGCUCGCCGGCCGACCGGUGUCGUUAGACGAACAGAAUUUGUUCGUUUUCCGAGGUCUACGCCCGGAGUUCAGGGCUAUGGCAGCUUCGUUAACGGUUUCAGGUAAUCCGAUAACCAUCCCCCAGCUAUCCGAUUUUCUACAGGCGCAAGAGUUUAUACUUGCAGAUGAUUACCCGGCGCCGGCUUCUGGAGUGUCGCAUUCCGGUCUGUACACUGCUCGUGGCGGACGCGGGAAUGGCGAGGCGAAUUCUCGUGGUGGACGUGGUCGUGGAGUUCGUGGCGGGAAUGGACGUGGCGGCCGCAAUGGUCGUGGAAAUCCGCCGAGGUGCCAGAUCUGCCGCGCCAUCGGCCACACUGCUGUUCAUUGCUUCAAACGGUACAAUGCACCGCCACCUGCCUAG